GUGUACUGACCUGGGGUUCCAUCUCUCCUUGGAGCGAGUGAUGAGGUCAUACCUGGCCAGUAGGGGGCGUGUCCUGAAGGCUGAGGAGGCCGGGCUGAAGCAGCUGGAACAGGAAGUGACAUCACUGGAUCAGGGCGGAGACAGAGACGCUCUCCUACAGAACCACGACACAGCAUUCUGUCUGCCCUUCCGUUUCAGUUACCAUCCCCAUGAGGGAGACCAGGUGGGCGAGGUGAGUGCGGAGAGCCAGGUGAGGUAUGAGUUAGAGACCAGGUUCCAACAACUCCAGUCCCGCCUUUCCACUGAAACCUUGGAAACAGAGGAGGUCAGUAAGACACUCAAAGCCACCCUCUCCGCUCUAUUGGACAAUAUGUGUGACAGUGACAGUAACCCCCCCCCUGACCUGCCCAUCAGCCUAUCACACGACCCCAUGGGAACCGCCUCUGCCUCCAAACUAGCCCUUGCCAAGCGGAGAGCCAAUCAGCAGGAAACAGAGACAUUCUACUUUACGAAAGUUAAGGAGUAUCUGAUUGGAAGCUCCCUGAUCUCCAAACUACAGGCUAAACAUGACCUGCUGCAGGAGGCCAUACAGAAAGCUAAGGCCGUUGAUAGCGACCCCUCCAGAAUGCAGUGUGCUAGGUCAGUGCGUGUGCGGAGGUCCAGACCCUGUUCCAUGUACAGCCACACUCUCUUCACCUCUGAUAUGCUGGGUUUCAUACAGCUCUCUCCCUCCCUUGCUCUCUCUCUCCCUCUCUCUCUCUCAGAAAACGAGGGAUUGGCAGAGAAAGCAGCUCAGAUAAAGUCAGUUGUCUCCUCCUUCCCUCGACCUCUCCUUAUCGUCAUACGUUACCUCUUCGCUUUUCUCAACCAUGUGUCCCAGUACAGCGAUGAGAACAUGAUGCAGCCCUAUAACCUGGCGGUGUGUUUCGGGCCGAGCCUCCUGAGAGGGUCGGAUUCUGGUGAUGUUGUCGCUAGGCAACCACAGGUCAAUGACCUCGUCAAGACCAUGAUCCUCCAGUAUGAUGUCAUCUUCCCGUGCCAAUCAGAGCUGCCCGGGCCCGUGUACGAGAAGCACAUGACUCUGGAGCAGGAGUACUGUGAACCAAUCACAGAGGAGGGAGAUGGGGAGACUGAACAAUUCCACAUUGAGGAUGAGUGGGAGGCGGUGAAUCGGCCAUGUCUUGAUUACAACGCAGCGCACCUACUUUUCCCUGUUCCCUCUCUCUUCUCCUACUUCAGAGCGGAGCGAGGGAGGAGGGAUGAGGUCAGUGGAGGAAGCACUGGAAACCUGGCUUCAGAAGAGCUUCAGACUGAGAACACGACCCGGCUGCGGGUGAACAGUGACAGUGCUUCGUUGCCUGGAAGACAGAGGGCAGCGGAGGGCAGAGGCAGUCCUGUCCGAAAGAACCCCCUCUCCCCUGUGACACGUCAAAACACAGGGAAUCAGGAGCGUAGGCACACCUUGGACAGUGUGAGGCAGAGGGCAGGAGCCAUAGAGAGACAGACAGAUGGAGGAUCUAUUGAAAGACCGGACAUCAGUAAACAGAUGAACUCUGUAUUCAAGGAGCUUCUCUCUCGCCAGCCGUCCCUACAUCCUGCUGCAACCCAGGCACCUUCCUCCUCCCUCCCUUCCUCCUCCUCUUCCUCUUCAUCCCUCUCCUCCUCUCUCCCAGGAGGCAGGAAGGUGGGGUUCAGCCUCAGGGGGCGGGCUCUCUUCAGACCAACGGACCAAUAGGAGGACUGAAGCAGGAUUAUGAUAAUGAUAAUAAUGAUGAUUUAUUUUUCUGACACGUUUGUGUGUGAUAUGAUAUUAGUGUGUGAUGAUGUUUGUGUGUGAUAUUGCUAGUCUUUUACACCUGUCUCAGUGCUGUCUAUCGUUCUCUAUUAGAACAAGGAUGGGUUUGGUUUCCAAUAACUCAGGGCUGGGGUAACUUACCUAUUUCUGUGGUAAAUUGUUUUUAAACUUGAUAAACACUCAUUUAAACCACUUAGUAAGAGUAUAACAACUUACUUCUUAAUUAUAAUACUGGAAACUGGGUCCAAUAGCAUAUCUAAGAUGGCCUCCACACCAGAUCCUGGGAUGCUGGUUAAACUGUGAAAAUGAUUCUUUCCACCACUCUAGUAAUUCUAACUCUAUGGUCUGAGGGGCUUUGUUCACUCUAGUCAUCAUAUUUCUAUGGAUGCAACCCUCCUCCCUCUUCCCUGGACCACUGUUGAUGAUGUCACUGGAAUAGCUGUAUUAAAAUACUUCUGUGGUAAAACGAAUAAAUAAUAAAUAUUAGAUUCUGA